UUGUCUAUGUCUAAGUGUUUAGUGUCAGCACUUAUGUUUGUAUAGCUUCACGGUCGUCUGUUUUGUUGUUUUGAAUAGUUGUUAUAGUGUUCGUAUUCUUUCUUCAAUAAAGAGGAUGUACUUUCCACGCGCUGCGCCUUGGUCCUCUCUCAGUCCCUUUGAUGAUCGUGACACAGAGACCCAUCAGAGAACUACAGUGUACAUCAGAGAACGAGGGUGGAGAGGAAGCUCUAGCUAAGUCAGAGGAACAGAGACCCAUCAGAGAACUACAGUGUACAUCAGAGAACGAGGGUGGAGAGGAAGCUCUAGCUAAGUCAGAGGAACAGAGUAUAACCAAGGAGGCGCAGUGGCCAUCAAAGGACCAGAUCGAGAUCGUGGAGGACCAACAUUGUGUCACUUGUGGAGCCAAGAGCACCAAGUCACAGCCCCCUCCAGAGCCGCGUAACAACACCAGUUCCACAGCCCCAGAGAAUAUCUUUAUUCCUGGGCAUGGGAAUCAGAGGACUGAUGAUGUUCAGGUGUAUUAUGGGAGCCUGGUGGAGUUCCCAGGGGCUCUUGUUAAACUCCAGUCCCUUCCCGUAUCCACCCUCCUGGGCUGUCUCCAGUCCGUCCUCCCCUCCGUCUUCACCUCACAGAGACUACUGGCUCUCUACUGGCUGGGCGUGACUAACUGCAGCCAGCCCCACCCACGCCUCGCCCUUGUUCUCCUAUUGGAGUCCUGCCUCUACGCCCUGACCUUUGACCCUGACACGCCAGAUCAGACCACGUCUCUGACAGUGUUCCACCACCUCCCCCUGCUACAGGUUAAGGAGAUCCUGGUGGGUUUUGGCGGUCAGAGCCUGCGUCUCAAGGCCUCCAGUGAGGAGUGUGUCCUCACCCUCUACACCCACAGCCAGACCCUCACCCAGGCCCUCACCCACACCCUGCUUGGGGUACUCUGUCCUGGGGACCAGCGAGUGUCCCAACACCCCCUCCUGGUGGAGAACCUGAUGGUUCUGUCUCUGGACUGGAAGGCCCAGGCACCUGACCUGCUGUUGAAUGCUGAACUCAGGCUGUCUGGCCAGUUCCACAAGACCCUAGCUGACCUGGUCUACCUCGUCCACGGCAACAUGAACCGAGAGAAGCCUCAUCUGGGAGAGGUUAGACUGCUGCUUUACACCAGCGUUGGUGUGACAACGACCCCUGACCCCAGACCUGACCCCUGGGCCCAGCUCCUCCUCACAGACACACACCUGGGACUGGUGCAGGAGGAUACAGUGUUCCACCACGUCCCCCUGCUGUCCCGCCAGGCCCAGUUCAAGGGGGUGACCCUCCGUUGCCUCUCCGACGUCCGCUGUGUGAUAGUCCGAGACGGGGUUGGGAGCUCGACCAGUGUGGGUGGAGAUGGAGCCGGGGAUGAAGGUGGGGCAACCAGGCUGGACAUCAUCCUGUCUCAGGACUGGAGGACCAGGAGAGAGAGGCCUAGAGGUCACCCUGAAAGAGGUGCUGUUGCUGAAGCUGAUGGAAGUGCGGUAGGGAGGGUAGCUGGAGCUAGUGUCCUGUCUGCUGCCUCUAAUUCAUGUCCUCCUCCGCAGCAGGCUGAAGUAUGGAAAUUACAUUUCAGCUGCUCCUCCGAGGCCGCCUGUCUGAUUAAUCACUUGUCAAACGUCUGAAUGGUCACUGAUCAAGGACUAGAGGACUGGACAGAACAUAAUGAACUACAGAACAGGUACCAGUUCUGUCCGGUCCUAACUCUCAUCGAGAGGACGGCAAGGUGUGUGUUUGCUCACGGAGUGGCAGUCAAGGGUCCAAUGUAUCUCAAACAAACAAUGGAGAAUAUCGCUACCAUUAAACUCUUUAGGGCCAGUUUCCCGAACACAGACUAAGCCUAGUCAUGGACUUAACAGCAGGCUCAAAAGACAACCUCCUUAUUCCUUAUAGUCCAGGGAACAGGCCCAUAGAGUAUAGUAAUACAUUGAUGAUGUGUUUAAGUUUUGGUGAAUGUUUCCAUGCACAUAGUUCUAGGCAAUUUCUAAAUCAAAUGUUCCACUUUCACGUUCAUUUAAAGAGACUCCGGGACAUUACGUCGUAGUGGUCCUUAGUGGGUCAAUUUCCGCAAAAACUAAGAGCAUUGAAGCGUGAGGCUCAACUUCUCCGCUGUCUUGGUGCCCUAGCUACCAGCGAACACAUGCGCAUGAGCAGAUAUUGUGUGACUGAGAGCGAAGUCCUGAAUCUCGCUCAUCUCAAUAUUUGCGGAGCUGCUUGUGGCCACAUCAUUUCGCAGUCUACCUUUUUAAGUCUUUCUGAAAUGCACUAUAUUUGUUUCUUCUGUUCAAGGCUGUGUUAUUGUUAGUCUGUUCAUACUGUUUUUGUUCACAUUGUGGAGGGAAUACAGGACACUUGGUUCUACAGAAUGUAAGCCAUUUUAAGGGAAGAUGUGAAGGGCACAAAUAAUUGCAGGGUAAGCUUUUUAAGCAUAUUUGAACAUUUGAUCACAAAACAGACCAGUGUUAAAUAUUUUUAAAAAAUAGCGUUUUAUGGACGUGUGUAAACGAUGAAUGUAUUUUAUACCAAAUAAAGUCAUGCAAUUGAAAUUAAAUAUAUUUUGAAUAUUUGCCUGUCAUAAUUUGACACUCGUGUGUAAAAAUACAUGUAUUAAAAUGAUCAUGUUUACAAUGCUGC